UUAUUUUGAAAACUCUGCUUGCAUAUGGAUAUACUACCCGUGAUAUUGAUUGGCGUCAUUUGGAUUGUUGUAGCAGGAUGCUUUCAAAACCUUGCUGAAAAUCCAGAAUAUAAAGGCCAAGCCUCUCAAAGCAUAUCCUACAGAAAGUCGCGGUAUAAUGCAGAAAAUGCGGUAGACGGAUACUUUGAGGAGGAUGGCGGUGUUGAUACCUGUAGCUUCACAGUGGCUGGGAUCAAAUAUAUAACAGCGUGGUGGAAAUUGCCACUGAAGCUUAUGUCAAAUGUGGCAUUUUUGCAAAUCUUUUUCCGAAGUUCAACUAUAAAUCGUCACAUGGGGUUUUCCGUAUUUCUAUUCAAUGAUUCGUCUUUUGUUCCACCCUAUCCACCAGGAUAUCAUAUAUUUACCCAUGAUGGCUCGACAUGUCUUCAACAAGGAAUGAAUAUCACUGUGAAUAAAGUGACUCGUGGAAUAGCUUUAUAUAACUCAAGAAAUAACCUGCUGCAAGCAAGCUGUGCGGGAUAUGACCCAUUAAUAACAACUAUAGAAAUUUGUGAAGUGAUGGUUAUGGGUUGUCAAUCACAACAUUAUGGAGAAAAUUGUUCACUUUGUGAUAAAAAGUGCCUGAACAGACAGUGUGAUGCAUUUAAUGGGUCAUGUAUAUAUGGAUGUGGAAAUUCUCUCAUGGAAGCUCCAGACUGUUCUAAUUGUAAAAGCGGAUUUUAUGGACGAAAUUGUAAGAAGCGAUGUGGCCAUUGUAAAUUCGGAACUCACUGUAACGACAUCACGGGAAUCUGCCCUGAUGGAUGUCAGGAUACCUGGAAGGGGCCACUUUGUUCUGAUGCUGGAUUACCCAAGCCUUUAUUGAUGAUCAUUUCUAUCCUAUCAACGCUUGUUAUUGUAAUGAUCCUAUGGGGAGCCCAUAGACUGAUAUGUAGAAGAAAACGAAAGUCACAUAUUACACACUCUGUUGGUACAGGAGCUCAAACACCUGGGGACGAUUAUUAUGAUCUACAUGUAAUAGACGUACCAGGUGAGGAUCACAUUUACAGUAGCAUUGUCUCCUCACUCUACGAUAGGGUGUCUAUUGCAAACGACGAUGAAGCAAAUAACUCAUCGUUGAAUACUGUUACAGUUAUAUCAAAUGUCAAUGAGGAAUACAGUCAGAUUCAUUCUUCGUUAAAUGAGGAUGCAGGCAUGGAACGACAAUCGUGUGAACAGUAAAACUAUAUCAUAUUGCAAGAACGGUAUGGUUUGGAGGUUAACCACGAAAUAUGUGUACACCAGGCACUUCAAUGGUCUAUUUAUAAUUCAGGCAUCCAUGCCCACAAUAUUUUUGAAUAGGCUCGUUGUGUAAAUAAAGAUAUGUUUUACAAUCUCAUGAGUACGUUUUGUGUACUGAUUGUAUUCCUUUAUGAGAGUAAUGUAUCUUAGUACGUUUUGGUUUCGUUUACCAAGUUUACGUCCAAUGGAAUACAUAUAAGUUCCAUCAUGUUCAUAUCAAGAGGCAUGGUUGGUCAGGAAGACCCUACUUUGCUACCUGCUGUAAAUUGUAUUUAAGGUAAUACUAAACAGGUAACGAAUUUUGUUUUGAAAAUGCAGAAAUGUUUUACUAUAAUAGACUGCAUCUGUUUCUAA